AUGUGUCAUGUUCCUCUGUCCUUUAUUGGUGAAGAUAUCAAAUUCCACUCGUUCAUCCUACACCUAUCGGCAACAUCCUGUAUAGGCGAUGUCAGCCUCACAGCGACAAACAGUGGCCAAUCCAUGCACACGAGGUUCAUGCCAGAGGGCUGUGAACAGGGGCAAGAGUACCAGCAGCGAGCUCAAGCCUCUGAGCCUGAGCCAAGGACUAAGUGGUGCCGAAUUUCGACCCAUAACUAUGUGCCACCGUCGGGCUCUGUCCCUACUGGCGCGCCAGCUCCUAUUGCACCAUCCCCUUCUAGUAUCGCUGUCCAGGAAGCUGUGGCUGCCUCUUCGCGCUUGGAGACCCAAGCGCCUUCAACGAGUGCUGAACCUGCUCCACAGGAAAGGGCAGCUGCUGCUGCCCAGCGGAAGCUUGCUGCUGUGCAGGCUAAGAGCAUCGUCAAGAAGCUCUCAGUCUGUUUACUGUUGUGGACGAAGAUGUCUCAGGCUGGCGACGAGUCGACGGCAUACAAGAUUUCUGUCGAACCGCAUGCCCCUAUCAUGUUAUCAGCGUAUCCGCACAUCGUCGAUGCUCUUGCACCUCCCCAUCUUCCUGAGUCCUUACCAUCUGUGCCCGAUACUCCCCGCGCACCUGCAACCGAUCCUUCGUCUGCUCCAUGUCCUCCAGUGCCCAGCCCUGCUCUCUGCGUUGAGGUCUUUGAUCCUGCGCUUUCUCGCUGGGUCGUCACUGCUGUCAGCGAUAGUCUUGGUGUCGAUCUUGGGUCUCGCAAGGCCGAAGUCCUCCUUCGUGCAUGGGCCCCAAACCGCAAGCUUACCAAUGUGGACUGUCCAGGGCUCGCAGGGCAUCUUGAGCGCCUGUAUGGUAUCCGCUGUUCCACCGAUGGUUCGUAUGAGCGCAAGCGGGCUGCCUCUCCACCAGCUGCUACUUCCAGCAGCAAGCGGAUUCGCCUUGCUUCCGACCCGCUCCCAAUCGCUCCUAUGAACACUCGAAGCCCAGCUCGUAGGGCCACAACCUACUCUGGCCAUGCUGCGUCGUCGCCCGGUCCAAUCCUACACGAUACCGGCCGGAGUCUGCUUCGCUUUCAUCAACCCAAUAAUCCCCAGCCGAUUCCCUCCUCUUUCUAUCUAUCGCUGAACGACUUGCCAACCAUUGACGAGGAGUCUGAUCAUGAGGGAACACCGAGUACGACUAGCGCCAGUAUCGAGCAAGAUGGUCCUGCGAGCCUUGCCAGUGUGGCCAUGGACAGCGGCGAUGCCAGUGUGCUGUUCCCGUCCCGCUAUUACUUCGCCGACAUCUACCAUGGUGCAAAGCGAAUCGACGAACUCCACACGACGAGUGGCUUGUCCGUCCGAGAUGCCUUCGCAGAGGUCUUUCCGAAGGCGCGCUAUGCGGAAUCAACGUGGACAGCUGCUAAGCGAGUCCUCCGCAAGGCGACCGAGGCCGAGUGUGCAGAAUGGCUUGCGAAGGGCAAGACAGCCAGCACUUUGUUUACCAACUUUCGGAGUAUCGUACAGGCGCGGCAGCACGAGCGACCCCUGCCCCGCAGUGCUCGGCGAGGACAGACUCUUCCACCUUCUACACCUGGCUCCCCAAUGGUCGUACUAGGCAAUGUCCCAACAGUCGAGAGCCAUGGCCUGUUUGCCCCUCUGGGCGAGCGAAGCACCAGUGUCGAUGUGCAGCAAGGCGAACCUCAGAGCAGUCAUCGCCAACCUGCCGAGACUGCAUCUUUGCAGGUCGGUGAACAUGCGCCUGCCAACACGAAUCUGCCUGUCGAUGCGACUCUGCCGACGAUUGGCACAAAUCCGAGUCUGCCAGCAAUCGACACGAGUCUGCCAGCAACCGACACGAGUCUGCCAGCAGCCGACACGAAUCUGCCAGGCGAUGCGAACAUGUGGGACGACUUUGCAAAAUGGCAAAUGCUCACGAACCUGCAGGCCGGCACAACUUUCCUCGCAGACUCGCCGAUUGAAGACCAGAUUUUUGGAGCUCAGGCUAGCCAACAAGUCGUACCUGCAGCUCUUUCUCAACCAGGUGCUCCCUAUUACUCGUUCCCAAUCGACCCAGGCUUUCGCUUCGACCCAUUGCCUAGCUCAUCUGUUAUCGACCCUCGCCUUACUGAGGCAGCCGAUGCAGAACUGGCCCACUAUGUCCAAUCUGGGGCCACCACUGGCGACUCGGAAUUGUUUGAUACCAUUCCCUAG